AAUGAGUCUUGUCUAGCAGAUUGCACUUCACGUCAUGCUCAUGUGUGGUCAAUUUCCAGCACCUGUAGGCCUGAUACCUAAUACUGUGGAAAAUAUGACCCUUGCUAUGGCUGAGUGACAAUUUUUCAGCAAAUAAUAAAUUCACCCCCCAAAAAAGGUUUUUUUGAUUGCUCCAAAAUGCGUUGGUGAAUUUGGGUCACAUUUGGCAAAUAGCUUCAGCCAAAUAAAAAAAUGAGGGGUGGGGGGUUAAAAAAACAAUCAAAACUGUUCAUUUUGACAUUUUCAAAAUAGCCCUUUUUGACAUUUUUGUCUGGAAAGAAAUGGUUCUGCUCCCCAAAUGUCAGUUCUAAUCAAAUUUCACUUGGAAAAUGUCAUUUUGCUCAACCCGAAUGAAAUCUUUUUUGUUUUUAUUUCAGCCAGGGGAAAAAUCUAAGCUGCAGUUGAUCCAAACCAACCUUUUUUAUUUCUGUCUUUUGGCUUUGUAUUCACUCAGCUCUAACAACUUGCCUAUUUCUCAACAAUAUCAAAUGCUUAUGGGGAAACACUAAGGCCUGAUUGUCCAGUUCCGAUUGGUUCCUUUCUAGACUGAAGAAUUUGGAUCACCCUAUUUUUUAUUGGAAGAACAAGGCCCUGGGGUAGAGGCAAAAAUGUACAAAACGCCCAUCUGUGUGCUACAGCUAAGCAGGGUGGUGAUGAACCACAAGCUCUGGGCUGUGUUUAUCAUCACCUUCAAGUUCAUGUCCUUUGUCUCCAUAAUGUUUUACUGGAAAAUCACCGAGGACGCCAAAGGCAAGAGUCUGCUCUAUGGCUUGCCUCUGGAAGUCAAAUGUCCUCGAUCUGUGCCUUCUCCUCCCCCAGCUGUAUCUGGCAGGCCACCUCCACCGCCUGGGGAUAUAUUUUUUGUGGAGACCUCAGAGAAAACCAACCCAAGUUUUCUCUUUAUGUGCUCUGUCGAAUCAGCAGCCAGGGCUCACCCUGAGACCAAAGUCGUCAUCCUUAUGAAGGGCUUGGCAAACAGAAAUUUCACUCUUCCAAAACACUGGGGCUUCUCCCUGCUGAGUUGCUUCCCCAAUGUGGAAAUCCGGCCACUGGACUUGAAUGACCUUUUCUCUGGUACCCCUCUAGCUGAUUGGUAUUUGGUGGCCCAGCACAGAUGGGAGCCUUAUUUCUUACCCAUACUUUCUGAUGCCUGUAGAAUUGCUAUCAUGUGGAAAUUUGGGGGUAUCUACUUAGACACAGACUUCAUAGUCCUUAAGAACUUAAAGAACCUCACCAAUGCGCUUGGAAUCCAGUCCAAAUAUGUAUUGAAUGGAGCUUUUCUCUCUUUUGAAGCCAAACACAAGUUCAUAGAGCUUUGCAUGCAGGACUAUGUGGAUAAUUACAAUGGCUGGAUCUGGGGGCACCAGGGCCCACAGCUUUUAACACGUGUUUUCAAAAAAUGGUGCUCCAUCAGGAGUCUCUGGAGCAGUAAAAGCUGUAAAGGAGUCAGUACUCUUCCCAGAGAAGCCUUUUAUCCCAUCCGCUGGCAGGACUGGAAGAAGUUCUUUGAAGUGGUCAGCUCUUCGGAGCUUCACAGACUCUUCAAGAAUACCUACGCGGUGCAUAUUUGGAAUAAAAAGAGCCAAGGGACAAGAUUUGAGAUCACCUCAAAAGCUUUGCUGGCUCAGCUGCAUUCCCAUUACUGCCCUUCAACAUAUGGGAUAAUGAAGAAGUAUUUUUGAAAGGAAUUGAUUGACCCACCUGUCACCUAACUGAACACAGGAAGUAGCCAAAACUGUUCAGCCUUCCAAGUAAAAAUGUACAUUUGAAAGUUCUUCUAUCUCUGUGAAUCAUCAACCACCAGGCAGUGUGAUGUAGUGAAAUUCAAAGAUAAAUGUAGGGUAGGCUGAAUGUAGGUUGAACACAGGAGUUAACUAAAGACUGAGCAGUGCUUGCCUCGUUUUCCUUCCUUUCCUUACACUCGGGUCCCUUUACACUACUCUGGCUGUGUAAAGGGACCUUAAGAUGGGAGUAAACGUUGCAACACUCUGGCAGCAUAAAGAGGCUUUAAAGUGAGAGUAAACAGUCUUUAUUCUCCCAACGGGGCAUAAAGGGGCCUUAGUAUAAAUGAAAAGCUGGACCCAGGUCAUUGGUUGAUUCUUGUGAACUCCCAAACAUCUUCAAAGAAAUAAAGUGAGGGAAGCAGAGGGAAGAUGAAUUGAGGAAGAAGUUAAAAGGAGGAUCAGAACAGGCAGCAAGGGAAGGGAAUAAGGAAGACGAGAGAAGAAAGAAAGGGCGGAUUUUUUUUUUUAAACGCUUCUUUUUUCUUCUUCUUUUCCUUACUGCAGAAACCACUGGCUGAAUGGAACUUCCACAUGUUCCAGCUUUUAUUUUACAAACCUUUAACGGGACACUUCUGUGUGUACAAGGAGCCAUGUGCUAUAUAGUCCUUGCUCGCUUCUUAAUGGGGCAAAUACCCAUUGUCUCCAGCGUGAAGUUUGACUGCGUAAGGAAUUCAGGGUUUGUCCAACGGUGGGGGAGGAGGGUUGUUUUUUUGUUUUUGUUUUUAAAUUAAAACUUCUAAGCAGCCAUGGGACAAACUUUAUUUUAAACGAGGGUCAGAAUUAAUAUGCUAUGAAGAUGCAAGUGAUGGGUGUGUCCAGAUUAUGCCUUGCCUGUCUUCUGAUUGGAGAGCUGUAAAAUGUCACUUCCUUUUAUUGGAAUGAUCUGUGGAUUUAUGUGUGUAUACCCACUGCAGCUCUCCCCACCCCACUCCAUCACUGUAGUAUCUGAGCAACUAUUAAUCAUUUUAUUCUCACAACACCACGGGGAGGCAGGGAAGUACCACUCUC